CAGCACUCAAAGAAGAAACUAUUGCAUAUUGAAGUUCAUUAUGUGGAAGUCCCUGACUUUCUCGCUAUCAUCAGCCUUCAGUCUCGUUCGUUGCGCUUCAACUGCAGCGGAAUCAGCUCCACUUAUGAAGACCUUUUCCAUUUACAGAUGGAACCCAGAUAAACGUGGCGAAAAACCCACUAUGCAAAAUUAUCAAGUCGAUCUUAAUGAUUGCGGACCCAUGGUCUUGGAUGCUUUAAUCAAGAUAAAGAAUGAACAGGAUCCUACUCUGACAUUUCGACGUUCUUGCCGUGAGGGCAUAUGUGGUUCUUGUGCAAUGAAUAUAGAGGGUCGUAAUCACCUUGCCUGUAUAUGGGAAAUAGAUCCAGAUGUUAGCAAGACAACUAAAAUAUAUCCAUUGCCUCAUAUGUACGUAAUUAAGGAUCUAAUUCCAGAUAUGAAUAAUUUUUAUGCUCAGUACCGUUUUAUUGAGCCUUAUUUAAAGAAAAAGAAUGUGUCUGAAGAAGAUAUUGGGAAAAAGACUUAUUAUCAGUCAGUGGAAGACAGAGCAAAGUUAGAUGGACUUUAUGAAUGCAUUUUGUGUGCCUGUUGUUCUACUUCGUGUCCAUCUUAUUGGUGGAAUGGUGAUAAGUAUUUGGGUCCCGCUGUCCUACUUCAGGCUUACAGGCAAGUGUUAAACGAAUACCUAAGAUUUCACAAAUUUAUUCAUUAAAUGGUGUUUUAUGAACGGAGUUACUUACAUUUAUAGAUAAGAUUUCACUUUAAAAGAAAGAAUAUUUUAUUUCGUCGAUGUUAUAACUUGUUUGCGAUGAGUUCUGGCUACUAUUAAAUAACUUUUAAAUGGAAAUUGGUUGAAUGUACUACCUAUAAGUUUGAAUUACUAAGAGAAGUCAGCUUAAAUUGUCUGGCUGGAAAUGUAAAUAACAGAAGUAAAUUCUUGCAUCGGUUGUCCUUCAGAUUCCCAGUGCGAAAACAGUUCAAUUAAAAGUAACUUAUUUUAAUAUUACUAUUGCUUGUUGUUUCUUUUUGUGUAUAUUCUCGUAGAUUAACGAGCAAAGCUGCUCGCUCGCACUUACUAGAAUAUGAAUUAAGCGAUGUUGAAAAUAUUCAUUCUACGUAACAUAAUCCGUAAUCCUCACAUCGCAAUUAACAACCACAUUGACUAAAUAUGUAUAAUUUUGGUUAGUGUGUCGAAUUAUCGUUUCUUCUGGUGCAUUUUCGAUAUAUCUCUUGCAGAUGGUUAGUCGAUUCACGUGAUGAUUAUACGUAUGAACGUUUGGCUGAGUUCCAAAACAAGUGGUCACUUUAUCGAUGUCAUACUAUUAUGAAUUGCACAGAAACUUGCCCAAAAGGAUUGAAUCCUGGUUUGGCUAUUGGAGAGAUUAAGAAAAUGCUAAUCUAUUUCAAUCAGUAUAAACACAAGAAACCGGAGACGAGAACUGUCUAGACCAUAUAAUCUCAUUAAUCACGUAUUUUCUCGAAUUCGGUUAACUUACUGACUAUUUAUAGUGAAUCCCCAUUAAUUUUUCUCCAAUUUUUAAUUUAAUUUAUAAAUACGAA